AUGAUGUGCGAUGUCUCAUCAUUGGUACACGCCAUGGGCGAAGAAGGGAUUCUAAAAAUUAUCUGUAAAGCUUAUUACACCGUUGGAUGUUUUGUCCUCCUUCUUUCUUUCCAUUUCAAAUCAAUAAAUGAAUGGUCCCUGCAUGGGAAGAAUUUGUACAUCAAAAUUGAAAAGGGGAAAACGGAUGGGGAAAAAACGCACUCCACGUUUUCGAAGCUGAGGGGGAAGAUAGACCACAUGACAAUUUCGAAAAAGCACUUCGCGCAUUUUUAUGUGAUCGGCUUGGCCGUCAAUUCUGUGUUGCUCAUCUGUGACCUCAGUCAACGCGCAGGGAGUGAACAAACCGCCUUCCAUUGUAUCUCCGUAACGAACGUUUUGCUUCAAGUUCAGUUGGUCAGGAGACUACUGGAGCAGCUGCUCGUCGUCAGGACGACGCCGAAAUCGGUCAUGCACGUUUUUUCGUACCUCUUGGGCGUAACCUUCUACCUUGUGACGCCCUAUUCCCUCCACAACAAUGACAAAAGGGAGUAUACAACAGUAGGGUUACUCCCUGUUGUUGUGUUCCUGUUGGGGACAUUAAUUCAGUAUGAUUCCCAUGUCCGCUUGGCCAAGCUUCGUCCCAAAGGCGCAAACAAGUUAGACAGCCCGUACAAAGUACCACAUGGGGGACUCUUCCACUUUGUCAGUUGCCCGCAUUAUUUCGCCGAAAUUUUAAUCUACCUGUCCUUUUUGCUGCUGAACUGGAAUUUCAUCAGGUAA